AUCCAAUCAUAGGUAUUUCAACGUAUAACGGUAACAUUGGGGGCUGCAGAUCGACGUCUGUUGGUCAUCCUUCAACUCAUCCUUGACGAACAUGCAUCAAAAUUUGGUCUAAUAUGGCUACUCGUGGUAAGAUUAACAUGCUGUGCCCGGAUCUUGAUGAUACCUGGGGCACACCAUCUCGACACCCGGCGGAUUGAAAUACCUUUCCUUGGUAGCUAACAACUAACAUUCAAAUUCUGAAAUUCUGGAAUUCUGGAGAGGAGAUCUGAUCACGUCGUCAGUUUUCGUUCGUGAUAAUGGCUGUCCUCACAGCAAAUGCGCGCAAGAAUUUUAUCGCUUGCGUUGUUAUGUUGUCGUUGGCCACAAUAGCAGUUCUUAUGAGAUUCUUGAUUAAAUUCGUUCAUCAACAAAGACUGCAUGGUGCCGACUGGCUGUGUCUUGCGUCACUGGCAUUUUUAAUUGCAUACUGUUCUUUGGUUAUCAAUUUUAUCUUCAAUGUUUCUCUUUUCCACGCUUACGACAUCUAUUUCAAAAUAUCGUUGCCCGAGCAGCUGACUGAGAUGGUGAAUCUCUUGAAGUACUCAUAUGCGACUGAGCUCCUAUUCACUUUCGUUAUCUCCUCAGUGAAACUCAGCAUCCUCUGGUUUUAUUAUGACUUAUUUGCUGUUAAUAAUCGCCUCCGAAUCUUGAUCCAAGUAACAGCCGCGGCCUGUACUCUCUGGUUCCUCGUCGCUACGUUUGUUCUGGCUUUCCAAUGCCAACCAGUCGAAGCAUUUUGGGAAAAGCUUAACCAAGCGCCUUGGUGUCUUGAUACUCCGCGUGUUCUUCUCGGAUACGAACUAACAAAUCUGUUCCUUGAUGCUACAGUCCUAUGCAUACCAAUUGUCACUAUAUCACGGUUGAAUCUCCCGACCUCAAAGAAGAUAUCAGUCCUCAGCAUUCUUCUGUUAGGUGCACUUGUGUGCAUUGCAAGUAUUAUCCGAUUGACAGCAAUCUGGAACCCGUCCGACAUUCUAAGAGGCUGGGAUUUUGGUUCCAUAGGGCUCUGGUCCACAAUACAGUUAGGCCUAGCAAUUGUCUGCAGUUGCCUACCUACGUUUGGCCCUCUUCUUCCCAUUCUCAAGCAACUUCGAUCCAUCCAGGGUUUGCGUGAGUUAUUGAAACUGCGGCUCUCAAACACCAGCAGCUUUAGUAGAACAUCAAAAGUUCCUGGUAUGGAACGCCCUUGGGCUAGGAUAAAGGGGGCUCAGCAUAAUGUAACUUCAAGAACCUGGGCAGAAGGUAAUAAUGACGGUUCAGAAGUUGCCCUUGAACCAAUAACCUUCAAGGAGGAUUCUGGUUAGUCACGAUAUAGAGGUAUCAUGAUAUGCAAGGGACGAGCGGGGUAGGGGUACAAGGACGGAUUUUGGUUAAAUUAUACCAGCCACUAUUAAUUCUGAACACCUACAUAGCCUGGGCACCAAUGCUCUUAGGAGAAGGUAGGUACCUCAUAUGGAUGUAUCUU